UGCCUAUAAAUAUCAUCUCAUUCCCAUUGAUUCAUCAGUCCGAGCUAUUCCUUCCUGUAGGUCAGAGAUGGGAAAGAUGAGUUUCAGCUGUAAUCUCUUGCUCAUUUUGGUUGUAGGUUCCAUUCUCACUGCGAUACCAUCAAAUGCAACAUACCACACAAGUCCCCCAAAGCCAUACCAAUACAAGUCUCCUCCUCCACCAGUCCACAUCCCAUCCCCUGUCCCUAAGCCACCAGUGAAGGCACCACCAAAGCCUCCUGUUGUUGUGAAGCCACCUCCUAAACCUCCUGUUGUUGUGAGGCCACCACCAAAGACACCUGUUGUGAAGCCCAAGCCUCCACCUAAGCCAGUUUCUCCUCCCCCUUAUGCUUACAAGUCCCCACCACCACCACUUCCAAAGAAGUCUCCACCAGUUUACACACCCCCAAAGCCAUCACAUCCACCUCCUUCACCAGUUUACACUCCACCCAAGCCAUCACACCCUCCUCCCUCACCAGUUUAUAGCUCACCCAAAAAAUCUCCUCCUGUCCCCCAUCCCAAGCCACCAGUAUCCCCACCAGAGUAUAAAUCUCCACCUAAGACUCCUGUUGUCACUCCUUCACCGCCUAAGCCUGUGCCCAUUUACCCACCUCCUCAUGCUAAAUCCCCAGUAUACCCACCUCCCCAUCAGUACCACUACAAGUCUCCUCCUCCCCCCUACUAAGCAACUCUGGCGCUGCCAUAUAAAGUGGGUAGCUAUUGCUAUGAGGUUAACUUCAUGUUUUGCUGAUCCCCUCAAGAAAUGGGGAACAUUGUGACUACUAGCUAUUAACAAUGUUGAACGUCUUAAGGCAUAGAUCAAAGAAUCUCUGAGCUUCUGAGCCUCUUCUAAAUAAGCAAUGUUGUGUUUUAUUUAAGUGAUAUUUGCUAUAAUAAAGUUAAGUUUCUUAUGAUAA